UAACAUCAUUGUUGCACGGUAUGAACUCGUAUUUAAAAACCAACCACUAAUUCUAAAGCUGGACUAUGUUGAGGGUCAAUUAACCUUACUCUCAUACAGUAACGCGAUGUUAAAAAUUAACGCGCGCUGAUGCUACGCGCUUAAAUUUCAAAGAUUUAUAAAUCUCGAAAAAUUUAGCAUCACGUAGAAAAGUCCGUCAUACGGUAAAUCUACUACUUGCCACGUGACGCCAACCGACUUCCGUAGAACGACGAGUAGUUACUGCGUUGAUCGAAACCGAAAGUUGACUUUAUUUUUACAGAAAUGUCUUCCAAUAAUUCUAGCCCGGUGAACAUUACUGUCUCCGACCGGGUCUCGCUGCUGCCAGAGUCGGUGCUCAUCUGUACAUUUGUGAGUAGUUUUCUGUCCAUUAUUGGUGCAGUAGUUAUUUUCAUUACGUAUUGUCUAGUCACAGUUGCCAAAAACCAAACAAGGCGGCUUCUGGUGUACUUGACUAUAGCGGACUUAAUGACUGCGGUGGGAAACCUUGUUGGAGCUUUGCGUUACGUCCUCAGAAAUGAGACGGAAUAUCUCACAAUCCGCCAUCAAAUGCAAAAUACUUGUAUUAAAACAGAUGCAGUGUGCGAGGUACAAAGCUUCGUUACGACGUUUUCAUCGUUGUCUUCUUUUUUCUGGACGUCUAUCAUCAUGAUUCACAUUAUGAUGACCCUCAUCACCCAGCAAGAGUGGUCCACUCUCCGUAACAGGGUGAUCUACCAUUGUGUAUCGUGGGGAGUACCACUGGGUAUAACCUAUCUAGCUCUCUCAUACGACGUUCUUGGAGAAGACUUCUUCACUAGCACAGGUCCUUGGUGUUGGAUUAAAGGGUGUCUACCCAACGUUUUUCUAUGGAUGACGUUGACCGGAAAAGGCUGGGAAAUCCUUACCUAUAUUCUAACCAUGACAUUUUAUAUAAUAAUGAAAAUCUACAUGUGGAAAAAGCGUUUGCGCUUUAGAGAUCGAAGCCACCAUCACCUGAGGGAGGAGGACGAGUUGUAUAUUAUGAUCUUCUUCGUCAUCAUCAUUCUCCGCGCAACAGGAACUAUCCGAUUUUUGUACGCCAGCGUCGAAAAUAUCAACGACUCUCCAGGUACCUUUGAUAUGGUUCUUGUUCAUAUCCAAAGCUUUGGAGACAGUGCGCAGGCGUUUGCUAACUGUAUACUUUUUUGCUUCCGAGACACGGCAGUGCGUCAGGAUUUGUGGAAUCGAGUACGUGGGAUAGGUCAACCUAUGCGUGGUGAGGCGCCGUUACUUGCAAAUACGAUGAAUUAAUAUUUAGAGUCGCGAAAAGCAAGAGGACAAGACAGUACUAUGACAGUAUUUGGUGUUUUUCUAGAACUCGGUGCCAAUUUAUAACGUCGGUGCUUAAAAUGCAUUUUUUACAUCAGUUUUCAAGAUGCUUAAUCCUGACAUGUACGUAAAUGAUUGUCGUGAAAGUAAUACAUGUAUCAAAGUUCCAACGUGUAACAGAUAAUCAAUUUGUUAUUACAAAGUUCUUAAUUCUUUUUGAUAACUAUUACUUUGAUAUAGAUUAAAUUUCAAUCUAUCAAUAUAGAUUAAGUAAACAGUUACCACUCUAUAAAAAAACAACCCUCCUCUCAAAAAUAACCAUCUCAAUUAAACUGGAGUGUCAAAAACAAUUAAAUCCUCGAAAAGCACAUGUAAACACUGAAAACAUUUUGAUUUUCGUUCUUGAAUUCAAAUAUGUUCAAAUUGCUUUACUCAUGAUUAUAAA